CCCAGAGACGCCAUUAGCCAGCUUAUCACCUGCUCCACUGUUGCCCGUCGCCUUCCGCUUUGUUUCUCUCCUCUGUCUGUCACCGUCCACUCCACAGAGAGAGCAGCGAGCUCGUCGAUCCGGGGGAGAUCAGGAUGAGCGACCCCAAGUACGCCUACCCCUACCCCGCGCAAGGUUACUACCAGGGAGGGCCAUACCAGGGGCAGGGCGGCCCGUACCAGGGGCCGCCGGUGAUGGCGCCGCCGCAGUACGCCGCGCCGCCGCCGCGCGCCCAGCCCAGCUUCCUCGAAGGCUGUUUGGCUGCGCUUUGCUGCUGCUGCCUGAUCGACGAGUGCUGCUGCGACCCCUCCAUCAUCUUCGUCGGCUAGAUCAGCUGGCCAGACCAGGGCACCCGGCCUGGCAUGCUGUCAACUGUACAAACAGAUGGCCUCAUCAAGGAUAUUUACCACGUUGUUGCCACGCUAUAUAUGAUGAUCUCUCUCUCUCUCUAUAUAUAUAUAUGUAUGUAUGUAUGGAUUUGCUUAUUGUUAUCUCUUCUCACCAACGGUGCUGCCUGCCUGUGUAACUCGAAUCCAUCCAUCAGUAACAGAGGCUUUAUGAUCUUACCAUCUUCCAUCCGUCUCCAUUUCCUCUGGUUGUAACUCUGUAUACUCUUGCACGUGUUGCUCGUUCAUUCUGCUCAGUA